AAUCGAAGAGCGAUUGCCAUGCAAGGGCACGUCGCGUCCGAUGCAAUGAGCUGAAGCUCAACUCAACGUAUAAAUGUAGGCUUCUUCUUCAUCCUCCCCACUUCUCAAUUUUCUGCUGCUCUCUCUACAAAAGAAAAUCCUCUCUCUCGCGUAUAGCUACAGAAGGUAUUGUCAAAGAUCAAUUUGAAGCUUGCGCAUGAAGUUUGAUUAUUAAUCAGAGCUCAGUGCGCUUAAUUCAUAUGCACCGCGUAUAGGAACUAUGCAGAGAGAAAUCUCAAUCUCAUCCGGCAUCUCCACUCUGCCUUUCAACGGCGAAUACGAUUUCGCGCCGUCGAUGUACUCGUCAAUUUUCCCGCCAAAGGAUUCGUCGAUCCUCGAAAAUUACCUACACGACGGAUCCUCUAAUUUCUCUUCCACGGAGAGUGAGAAUGCCCUAGCGCCGAAAUUGCCCCAAUUCCAGCAGCUGCUGAAUCAGGACUUGACGAACCGCCACCGGAUGGUGAUGUCGCGCCUCCGUGGUGUGGCGAAGGAGGCUCAGACGCUCCGGCAGGAGAACGUCAAUCUGAAAAUGGCCAACCUUGACUUGUACAAUCGCUUGAAUCGGUUGCACAAUUCGUCACCGUUCCGUGGCGCUGAUGCUGAUCCUGGUUUGGAUAAUUUAGUGGACAGAUUGCUCAAGAUGGAUAUGGAAGACGAGGGGACGAGUGAGAAUGAGGCGGUGGCGCAGAGCCCGACUAGUGUGAUGGAUUCUGGUCAGGGUGGACUAGGAGAGAAGCGGGUUCAUUUGCCAAAGAGUAUCUCAGUUCGGUCUAAUGGCUAUCUCAAGGCGGCGCGGGCUGGCGGCAGUGGCGGCGGCAGCGGCAGAGAUGGCCCUAAAGUUGUCAAAGCAUCAACCGAAAACAAUGGGACGCAAAAGGUAUACGUGAAAGGUGGAGAGCAAGCAGUCGAACUCGAAGUCUACAACCAGGGCAUGUUCAAGACUGAGCUGUGCAACAAAUGGCAACAGACUGGAGCUUGCCCUUAUGGAGAUAACUGCCAAUUUGCUCAUGGCAUUGCAGAGCUCCGGCCAGUCCUCCGCCACCCUCGUUACAAGACCGAGGUCUGCCGCAUGUUCUUGACCGGCGUCCCUUGUCCUUAUGGCCACCGCUGCCACUUCCGACACACUCUCACCGAGGAGGAGCAGCUCGUGAGGGCCAUGAAUUCCAACUCUCUUCAACCUAUGAGCUACCGGUGACAUCGACUGUGUUUUGCAUGAAGAGUAUGUUACUAAGUAGAAUGGGAUUCGAUUCUGUAAGUAAAUAAGCAUCAAAUGUGGUAGUAAUAAUCAUCAGAGACAGAGAGGCUAGGCUUUGUUUGCAUACAAUUUAGAGUGGCUUAGGAUCUGAAACAGAGAAGUGUGUGCUUUCAUCAUUUUGUGACUUUGCUUUACGUUUAGAUGUCAUUAUUCGUAAUAAUGCAUUGCCACACUGAUUAUUUGUGUUGAAAACUCAUUCUGCAAUUGUGUAAUCAUGUGUGGCCACUGUUUGUUUUAUCUCGUUUAUUGGUACACAUUGAUAUUGAUUUUAAUUCAUGUA